UGAAAAAAAAUUGCUCAGAAAUUUGUAGAUGGGGGUGACUGAAGAUUCCCUGCAAACUGGGGGGCUGCCCCUCUGCAGCCUGGCAGGCCUGCAGAGAGCUCAGCAGCGCCCGGGCAGCGGGGAUGGCGCCUGGUAGCAAAGGGGGUGCCGCAGCGGAGGGCCGGGGCCAGCCCCUGGGGGUCCGGCCCGCCACCCCCACCCCGCUCCAACAUGGCAGCAGCGCCCCGCGGCCGCCCCACGUGCUGUCAGCCCGCCGGCGCGCCUCUGGCCCCGCCCAAUAGAGGCGUGGUCACCGCCCGGUUUCGGCGCGUCGCUGCCGGUCGGCCCGCGGAUUGGCUGGAGGCGGCGGUGGCGCCGCCCCUCGGCUGCCCAGGUUUGGCGGGUCGCCCCGGGGCGGGCGGCGGCCCCGCCCCCUGGGAGCGCCGCCAGUUCCCGGCGUCCCGCGGCGGCUGCAGCGGAGCCGGCGGGGUGCCUGCCUGCGCUGCCCGCACUGCCUGCACUGGCCGCACUGCUUGCACUGCCCGCACUGCCCGCGCCCAUGGAGCUGCUGUGCGUGGAAGCCGUUCCCCGUGUGCCCCGCGCCGGGCGCGACCCGCAGCUGCUGGGGGACCGGCGGGUGCUGCAGAACCUGCUGAGCCAGGAGGAGCGAUACAGCCCCAGCGUCUCCUACUUCCACUGCGUGCAGCGGGAGAUCAAGCCCUACAUGCGGAAGAUGUUGGCCUUCUGGAUGCUGGAGGUGUGUGAGGAGCAGAAGUGUGAAGAAGAGGUCUUCCCCUUGGCCAUGAAUUAUGUGGAUCGCUACCUGUCGUCAGUCUCCACACGGAAAAGUCACUUGCAGCUUCUGGGAGCUGUCUGCAUGCUCCUGGCUUCCAAGCUGCGAGAAACCAUGCCGCUGACUGUGGAGAAACUCUGCAUUUACACAGACAACUCCAUCACGCCUCAGCAGCUCCUGGACUGGGAGGUUCUAGUCCUGGAGAAGCUAAAGUGGGACCUGGUCUCAGUGAUAGCAAAUGAUUUCUUGGCUCACAUCCUCCACCGCCUCCCGCUGCCUAAGGACAAGAUGGAGCUGGUGAAGAAACACGCACAGACCUUUAUCGCCCUGUGUGCCACAGACUACACUUUUGCCAUGUACCCCCCCUCCAUGAUUGCAACGGGCAGCAUUGGAGCGGCGAUCCAUGGUCUGACGGUCUCGGUGAACGAUUUCACCAGCGAGGCGAUCACCGAGCUGCUGGCCAGCAUCACUGGCACGGAGGUGGACUGCCUGAAAGCCUGUCAGGAGCAGAUUGAGGCAGCCUUAGCCGAGAGCCUGAAACAGGCAUCCCAAACCCAACAGGAAUACAGCACCGCCAAGACUGCUGCUUACUCAGCCAGCCAGCCCACCAGCACACCUACAGACGUCACGGACAUCAACCUGUGACCAGCCUCCCCUUCCCGAGAGCUGCCUGGCCCUGCCACAGCAGGACCUCGCCCUGGACACCGAAAGGUCGCUGCAUCCCCACUACCCGUCCGCCAGCCCCCUCCAUCUGAUGCCUGCUGAGGAUUUGUUCCGCUCGCCAGGAUUGCGGAGCAGGAUCUGCGCUCGUCCCGAGCGGUCAGGCUGGCGGAGCUUGAUGCUGCUCAUCAGCUUCUGUAGGUGGCCGGGGUGAAGCGACCGUUCUCAUGGUGGCAGGGCACGAGAAUUGCUGGGGAAGGGGGAAGCAGGACCCAAAACGAAGUUGUAAAAUGUUUCUCAGUUCGUGUUCCUUGUAGCCCGACUGGCCACUGUUCACCGUCUCCUCGGGGGUGUUUACCGUGACGACUUCCAGCCCCGCGUGGGCCAUCAAUCAUGGAUAGAGCCUCUUACCCUGACCUGCGUGACCAAAAUCCUUAGAGCCCCCCAUCCUCCCUCCCCGGGCUGGGUGCUACGUGCCCAUGCAGCUCACGUGAGAGCACGGGGUGUCCGGGAGGAGGGAGCAGGUGCUCGUUGGCCCCUCGGUCCCCAUCGCUUCGUGCCAGGCUGCUGUGGCUCCUGGGGGGGUGGCGUGGCUGCUUCUGCUUGGAGGGGAAAACGUGCGGCUUUUUUCUUGUUGCUGUUAAAUUUGGGAUUUGUGGGGUUUUUGGCUUGCUUGGGGGACGUGCUCCCCGUCCGCGGGGGCAGCAGAAAAGCCCUCGCCUUGGGCGAGCAGCCGUUCGGGCGCAAUCCCCUUGGCUUUCCGCUGGCCCGCUGAGGCUGCUUAAUUUAUUGUUAACUGCUGGGAAAUGGGGAGGGAGGAAGACCUUGUCGUCCCUCGGUGUGGGGCCUGGAUGCUGGUCUCCUCUCCUUCCGAAAGAGUGCCUUCACCCUCCAUCCCCUUCCCUAGCUCCCUGGGCAACGGGAGACUCUCACUUGGAAGCUGGUGGUUGGUUUUUUGGGGUUGGUUUUUUUUUUUAGGUAGCUUAGACAUCAGACUAGUUGGAAGAAAUACAUUUGAAUGUGCUGCUAUAGUCUGUAAUGCAUCUUCACUCCUCCAAGGCAGGGAUCUCGGAUCGCGUUCCGGAGGGGGCUGCGUUGCAUUUAUAUCCACGUGGGUCCGAGUCGUAUCCUUACAAGGGUGUAAAAAUCUGCUGCGCACUUGAGUUGAAAAGCGAUUACUGCAUUUUUUGUAUUGUUGUUGUUGAUCCUGUUAGUUUUUAUAAAAA